CACCAGCACGCAAGACGUCAACUUGGCCAGCACAAUAAGAGAGGCGAGAAAAAAACAACAAACAUUGUAUAAACAGUUGGCAGCUAGCGAACAGACGUAUAUUAAGAGUGGGCAGCAGGCAAAAUGAAAACGUAAAAAACAAUAAUCGCACCCGGCGGCUGACUCAAGUAAUUGCUAAAGUUAAAUAGAUAACAACGGCCGACAAACUUUGCCAAAGAGAGAGUGGAAUUCAACAAUAGCGUGCAGUACUCACGAAUUGCAGCAUAUGGAACAGUAAAGUUAGCGAUAAGGGCGUUAGGUACUCUCCGACCUGGCCAUUUGUUAAUGUACGUUGCAAUAAUUAGUUUCGUCGCCCCUCGGGCGUACAGAUUCUAUAACUAGAUAAUGGUUGCUCCCAAGUAUGAACGUCUCUGCACCGGCGACGGCGACGUCGACGCUGGCAGCGACAUCGACGGGGGCAGCAACGUCGAGGAGCUCGAACUGAGCGCCGACUUGACCCAUAAGAAUGCCAACAACAUUCAAGAGCGUCACCAGCUGUCGUCGCAUGCGAAUUUUCAAUACGCAAAGAACAACAGCAACGGAGACACAGCCACGUCUGCACAGCAGAAUCAUUCACAUCCCCACGACGGAAUGACGAGACAUGCAGAGGCUCGAUUCAUGCAGAUGGCGAUCGGCACGUUGGCCACUAUUCUGCUCUAUUUGUCGCUGUCCAUCACGCUCACCUUCUAUCAGACGGAUAUCAAUCGCGAGCUGCCCUUUCCGCUCACCAUUGUCACGUAUCAUUUGAUUGUGAAGUUUCUGCUGGCUGCGCUAGUGCGCAGCAUCUAUAAGAUGCGUGUGGGCAAGACGCGCGUCCAGCUGGACUGGCGAGUGGCGGUGCGUCGCAUGGCGCCAACGGGCGUGGCCAGCGGCAUUGAUAUUGGUUUCUCCAAUUGGGGCCUUGCCCUGGUGCCCAUCUCAUUGUAUACAAUGACCAAAUCGUCGACAAUUGUAUUUAUAUUGCUGUUUGCCAUAUUGCUUGGAUUGGAGCGCAAGAGCUGGUCUUUGGUUCUUAUAGUCGGCCUCAUCGGCUUGGGUCUGUUUAUGUUUACUUAUAAGUCGACACAGUUCAACACGCUGGGCUUCUUGUUUAUUCUGUUCGCUUCACUGAGCAGCGGCGUACGCUGGAGCUUUGCGCAGUUCAUAAUGCAAAAAUCGAAACUGGGUCUGCACAAUCCGAUCGACAUGAUCUACCACAUGCAGCCUUGGAUGAUUGUGUCGCUGUUUCCGCUAGUCCUAAGCAUUGAAGGACCCAAGUUGUAUGCUGCGCUGCAGAAUUUGCACAAUACGCCGGAGAGUGACAUUCUGUGGGUUCUGGCCCGCAUUACACUGGGCGCAUUUAUUGCAUUUUUCAUGGAGGUCAGCGAAUUUUUGGUUCUCUGCAAAACAUCCAGUCUGACGCUGUCCAUAGCAGGCAUCUUUAAGGACAUAUGCCAGCUAGCGCUAGCCGUGGCGCUGAAAGGCGAUCAACUCAGUCCCAUAAACCUCGUGGGCUUGGCGGUUUGCUUAGCUGGCAUCGCUUGUCAUCUGGUGCAUAAAUAUUCCACCCUGGCAAAGGUAAACAAGCAACAGUUGGGCAUGCAGUUGGAGGAGGAUGGCGAGGAUAUGUGCUCCGAGUAUGACUUCAACAAUGGCAACGCUAUUGUUGGCACUCAUGGCAAUGCUUCUGGCUCUCAUGGCACACUCACUGUCCCGCUGCUGGAGCAGACCGACUCGGAGGAUGAAUCGGCUAAUGAUUCAACAAACAAGCAAAACGCAUCGGAUGUCAUUUUCGAUGUGCUAAAACGGCGCGACAUGCAGCGAUGAGUUGGCUAAUUGAUUACCUAAUCAACCGACUGUAAAGGCAAGCAGCAAUGCAUAGCAUUUUAUUUAUACUUCUAUUCCAGACUUUCUGGGAAAGUACCCGAACAGUUGUGAUUGUAUGCGUGUGACUGUCUGCCUGUGGUUAUGUGUGUGUGUGUGUGUGUGUGUGUGUGUGUGUGUGUGUGUGCGUGAGUGCGUAUUAGAUGUGCAGCUGUCUGUCCUCUCGACAGCCGUCUUGUAAAUGUUGUAUAUUCAGAAAGCUUACUACUUAGUGAAACACUUGAAUUACAUUCAGCUAUUACCUAGCAUUAUUAUUGAACAUAUGUAAAUGAAUCGAUCUGUUUGCUUCUAGUUUCGAUUACAAAUGCUCUCACUGGCUCAGUCCGUCUGUCCUCGAUUGUCUCGAUUGUAAUUUCCCUUUCAUUAUGAUAUAUACAAAUAAUGCUCUUCCGCGUAAAAGCGGAACGCCAUAUGCGCGGCCAUAAGAACAAAUGUUCGAUGGAAACAAUUGAAUACCUGCUGUCUGCAAGGGCAUUUGUAUUUCGGUCUACCGGCCUUUUUGUAUUGCUCACAUUCCCCCCACUCCCAAAUCUUUUAUUUUUAUUUGUUAUUGACCUAGUUAAAUAAGAGUUUAGUAUUUGUUUUGUUGAUUGGGCAUUUGUGCAUAUUCACCUAACUUUCCAUUAGAGAUUAUUUACGAUACAAAAAAGAAAAGAAAACUGUCUUAGCAUUUUUACUAUUGAAAUAAACGGCCUAUAUAUAUGUACGAUUAAACUGGCAACUAUAUAAACAAUUUUUUUAAUAACUAUACAUUUCUUAAACAUGCAUUAACAUUUAUAAUGCUCUGUAUCAAAGAAAACCAUGUAUUUAAAAUUACAGAGUUCUUAAUAAAAAUUGUAAGUGUAUUUAGUUGUUUGUAUACCUUAAUUAUAUUACAUAAUUAUAAAGAACAGUUACGGCCAUGUAGCUAAUGCAAUUAUUAAAGAAAUAAUGCAGAGCGUCAGGCAUGACUUGCUUUAGUUUAGUUUACCUGGCUAAUCGCGUCGAACAGCUCUCAAUGUCGCCCUUAAAUUGUUGGAUACUUGGAUGUUGCAUUGCCUUGCUAUUGAUACAAUGGAAGCGCAUGUCAUUAAAAGAUGAUGAUAAUGAAUAUUUGAUGGAGACUCUGAACAAAUUCUUAGUUCCUCGUUGGCUUGGCUCCACUGGCCACGAGGAUGUCAAUGAAUUUCUCGUGGAAGAGUUGACUCGGCUGGGCUUUGCCAUUAUUCGCGAUGACUUCUUCGACGUAUUUGCAGCGACUAAUGUGAUCGGCGUUUCGAACAUGGAAGCGAAGCAAUUCCUGCUGCUCAGCUGCCAUUAUGAUUCGAAAUAUUUGGAGACAAAACAGUCUUAUGUCGCGGCUACGGAUGCUGUCCCCUGUGCCAUGCUAUUGACUAUAGCCGAGGAGCUAAAUGACUUUUUACAUCAGGAAUUUGCCAAUAGCCCAGAUCUUGGUUUGGUACUGGCAUUCUUCGAUGGUCAUGAAUCUAUUGAUGGUGACCUAGAUCCGAGUCCGUCGUUGCUGGGCUCGAGCAACUUUGUACGAGGGGAAACCAUAGCAUUAAAUAAGAUCAAUUUAGUUAUUUCAUUCAAAUUGAUUGGCGCAGCAGAUCAAAUAUACAUGAGCAAAUAUCAACGUACAUACGCAUUACACGAGCGCCUAUCGGAUAUUGAGCAGGAGUUGCGCAUUUCCGGGGAUCUUAGCAAGUGUCAUCAGUUGUUUCACAAGCUCAAGGAUCAUAACAACGAUAUAAAUGAUGAUCACAUAUGCUUUUUGGAAAAGGGAUUACCAGUCAUGCAUAUAGUGCCCUAUACUUAUCCAGAGGUCUGGCUUCAAGAAGCGGAUAACCUGGAUAACUUACACUGGCCGACCAUUCGAAAUAUGAACUUAAUUAUUAAGCAAUUUGUGUAUGAAUAUCUAAGUAAUAGAACGUUUAGAGCCUAUUAAAUUUGCGGAUUGGUAUUAAAUAAAGGAAACACAUACUUGCGCCAA